AUGCUGGAUAUCAACAACAACAACAACAGCGAGGAACAAGAAACACCGCACUACGACCAUCCACAUCUUCGUCAAAGGAAUACUAAGACUCGCAAUCACGAUCAUCAGACUGACGAACACCAUGCGCUCUCAAACCAAUCGAUCACGAAUCAUGAUCUCCCAUCACCGCCCUCAGAAGAACAAGCCCUCUCACAGGAAGAAACAUCACAAGAUCCAACGACGAUCGGAGCGAGCACGAGUGAGCCAUUAGAUCAUCAGCACAAGAGUGAGAGUACACAAGAAGAAGCAUUAAGACCACCAGAUGAGAAAGCUUCUACGAGUGAAACAGCAAAGGAAUCGAAUGAGGAGGAAGCUCAACAAGCCGAUGAGGAAGAGCCGCUCUGUCGGAUCUGUUUGAGCGGACGAGACGAUGACGAUCCGAGUCUGGGUCGGUUCAUCCAGCCCUGUCUAUGUCGAGGGACGAUGGCCUUCAUCCAUGUGGGAUGUCUCCAACGCUGGCGGAUCACCUCGCCCUCUCCCAAAUCGUUCUACAGGUGUGAUCAAUGCGGCUAUCGAUACAAACUCAGGAGAGCUAAGAUCGCCGGGCUGGCUGAGAACCCUGCCAUCUUGGGCGGGUGUAACAUCAUUCUUUCCGGUUUCAUUUCCAGUUGGCUCUUGGAAAGUUACUCUCAAAUCACUACCCUCGAAACUCAUUGGGACUCUGGCUUGGGCCCCUUUUCUUACGAUUCUACCGGCAAAAUCGUCGGUGAAGUCGUUGGUGAAGCUGUACGUGUACUGAAUAGUAAGCUCCACGUAGAUGACACAAGAUCUAGAACAAGAAAGGCAGGAACGACGCCAGUGAGACGAUCGAAGUUAGUCACACAAUCGCAAAGAGAGAACGAAGUGAGCGAACUAAAGCCUAUCGAAACGGGGGAGAAGGAGGAACAUACAUACCGAUACGUGCGGGCCAAGGCGAAGAAGAAAGGCCAAGAAGCGUCGAGCUCCGAACCGAUUGCAAUCUAUUCAACUCGGCCGACGACGACGACGACGAAACGGAGACGUUCUUCCACUGGACAAUUGGGCAGGAGGCAGAAGAAAGAGGACGACGAUGAAGAAGAUGAAGAAGAAGAAGAAGAAGAAGAACCGGGGAACAUAAUCCAAUCGAUUGUGAGCAAGCUACUGAGUAAGCUAGAGGCCUUAAUCAAGCACACGAUCAAAGGACUAGCGUUUAUCGGGGUGAUGAGUUUCUUCCAACUGGCCAUGUCUGUGACUCUCUUCUCGCCGUGGAACUUUGGGAUCCGGAACUCGGUCCUGCGGAUGAUGCGGUCGGGAUCGACUACCAGUAGGACAUCCGCUGGCCGGGCGGCUGCCGCGGAUCCUAACGGGAUCGGCAGCUUGCUUAUCCUCAUCUUCGUCCUCCUCGGAGUCCUUAAAGCUAUCCAAUCCGUCUGGAAAUUCGUCAGGAAAUCCUCCCAAUGGGCUCUCCGCAAAAUCGAGGACGGCGUCCUCGACGUUCGGUCUAACUAG